CAAGAAAGUGGGAAACAGUCUCUGUCAAAGGUUGUCAGCCAGAGCCUAGGUCAUUUCACACAGUCACUGCAGUUGGUGCAAGAGUUGUUGUUAUUGGAGGUAGAAGUCAAAGUAAUCAGCAUUAUGAUGAUCUCAACAUAUUUGAUACAGCUACUAUGGAAUGGAUGCAGCCUACAGUCCAGGGAGAACUGCCCUCUGGGCGAGGUGUUCACACAUCUGUGGUUGUAGAUGACCAACUGGUACUGUUUGGGGGGUCCUCCGACUUUAAUCCUGAAACUAUGCAGUGCCAGAAAUACCAUAAUGAAGUUUACACAACAAGGACAGUUGAUAUUCUUCAGGGAGGCAGUAUAGCCAACACCGAAGCCAAUCAAGAAAAUUUCCCUAUUUCCACAAAUAUACCAGUUCAAGAAAACACAGACAUACAAAAAUUUGUGUCUGGAAUUGUGCCAUCUCCUCAGAAUGAGGUCAACUAGUAAAAUUACGUGUAUGUGGACAACAUAGUUGAAAACAAUGUGUGCUGUUCUAGUGUUCAAAUACACAUAUUUUUGAUUGUUUUAAAUACAUAAACAAGUGAAAUUUCUUUUUAAAAAUAUUUGACUUCUCAUUUAGUGGAAUUUAUAGUGAAUUUCAAAAAAUGUAUAAAAUUCAUUAAAAUUUUUUCUGACAUUUGUAUAAACACACAUGAAGUACAGUGCAUGCCUUAUUUACUUUUCUGCUAAUCUAUUAUCUGUGUAUUGAGGAAGUCGAAAAUCUAAUGCUAAUUUAAUCUUUAUCUGCUUUUAUCCAUUUUUUUUUUUUUUUUU